CCGCACAUCGUCUUCAUCCUGGCCGAUGACUUCGGCUGGUUCGAUGUGGGCUACCACAGCUCAGAGAUCAGAACCCCGAACCUGGACCGGCUGUCGGCCAAAGGAGUCCGCUUGGAGAACUACUAUGUUCAGCCGGUGUGCACCCCCUCCAGGAACCAGCUGAUGACCGGGAGGUACCAGAUCCACACGGGCAUGCAGCACUGGAUCAUCUGGCCCUGUCAGCCGUACUGCGUCCCUCUGGACGAGAAGCUGCUGCCUCAGCUGAUGAAGGAGGCGGGCUACGACACACACAUGGUGGGCAAGUGGCACCUGGGCAUGUACAAGAAGGACUGCCUGCCUACACGCCGGGGCUUUGACACAUACUUUGGUUACCUGACAGGAAGUGAGGACUACUUUUCUCAUGAGCGCUGCUACCACAUCUCUCCUCUGAACCUGACCCGCUGUGCGUUGGACCUGAGGAACGGGGAGGAGGUUGCCACCGCAUAUAAAGGGGUUUAUUCUACGGAGCUGUUCAGCCAGAGAGCCAUCAGCAUCAUCCAAAAUCACAACUCCAGCAAGCCACUCUUCCUCUACCUGGCUCUGCAGUCGGUGCACGAACCUCUGCAGGUUCCUAAGCGCUACCUGACCCCCUACAGUUUCAUCAAAGACCCUCAUCGUAGGCUGUACGCCGGCAUGGUGUCGGCCAUGGACGAGGCUGUGGGGAACAUCAGCCUGGCCUUGCAGCAAACAGGACUCUGGGACAACACAGUCCUUGUGUUCUCCACUGAUAAUGGAGGUCAGACUCUAGCUGGUGGCAGCAACUGGCCUCUGCGGGGGAGGAAAGUUUCCCUGUGGGAAGGAGGGGUCCGUGGAGUGGGAUUCGUCACCAGCUUGUUGCUGGAAAAACCUGGGACUGUCAACCAUGAACUGAUCCACAUCUCUGACUGGCUACCUACUCUUGUUAGCCUGGCAGGUGGGAAGAUUAAUGGCACAAAGCCACUGGAUGGGUUCAACAUGUGGAACAGCAUCAGCAAAGGGUUGGCCUCACCCAGGCUGGAGCUGCUGCAUAACAUUGACCCUCUAUAUGAAGACACCUCCCCAUGUCCUGGUAGGCAACAUCCAUUAACUGUGGCCAAGGGGGUCAGGGAAGACCUGUGGGCCAGCUCCAGCUUCAAUGUGUCCAUUCACGCAGGCAUCCGAUCCUCAAACUGGAAGCUGCUGACGGGAUACCCUGGUUGUGAUGUUUGGUUCCCACGGCCCGGUUCCAACAGUUCUGAGGCCAGCGCGUUUCCAGCAGACCCAUUAAAGCCUGUGAUGCUGUUCGAUGUAGAAAAGGAUCCUGAAGAGAAAUAUGAGGUGUCAGAUAAGUUUCCCAAAGUUGUUGAGUACCUCCUCAGCAGACUCCAGAAACACCAGAAAACUGCGUUACCCAUAAACUAUCCUGAUGAUGACCCCAGAUGUGACCCAGGCCCUUCUGGAGCCUGGGGGCCUUGGGCCUAAGUGGAGACCCCAGUGAAUGGCUGCAGGGAUGUAUGAAGAAGAAUCGAACAAGAAUCUUAUGAAAAUUGUUUGCACUUCCUUUACAGGGGAAAAUUUAAACGGGGAACCGUUUUAAAUCACUGUGGGGGGAAAAAACUUUAGUUUUUGAUGUUUAGAACAAAAUUAGUAUCAAAGGUUUUUUAUGUUUUACACCACCUGAUGAUGCUUUCCUUGUUCAGAAUCAGAAGCGUUUUAUUGUCAUUCACACACUACAUCAAGAUGCAGUCCAGGAGGAAAUGCAGUUUAGAACAUCCGUCCGGAGAAACACACACACAUGACAAACAUGGGGGAAGGAUUGUCCAGGAUCUUUCGCAACUUAGUGCGCUUACCUUUGCAAUUUAGAAUACACACACACAUAGGAAGGAUGAGUUAAAAAAAGAGAUUUGAUCUUGUGUUUUAUACAGAAAAACACACAAGCAUAUGCUCCAAAAACUACUCUUUGCGAAAGUGCAGUCAGUUAGGGAGGGGAGGGGAGUGGGGGGUCAAA